AAAUGUGCUACCCGGGCUUGAAAAAUCAAUAUAAUUUACAUUACAUUAUCAAUGUGAAUCGUUUGGUUCGUUUAUAAACUACAGUUUAGAAAUCCAGGCAUCAAACAGCUUUUUCUGAAAUUCCAAAGCUUUGCCAAUGUAUAGCGACCACUGGAAUUGCAAAUAAUAGUUUAAGUCGUGAUUUUUUCAAUUUAGAUGUUAAAUCUUUUCAAAAAUCUGAAUCAAAUUUAAAGUAAUGCCGCUGUUUGGCAAAAAGGAUUCUGGCAAAAAGGCCAAAUCAAAGGAUUCAAAGGAGAUGAGCAAACAGGUCUCAAUUGAAGAGAAAUACAAUCUUCAUGGACUGUUGGGAACGGGAGCAUUUUCCGAGGUGCGUUUGGCUGAAAGUAAAGAUACGCCAGGAGAUCAUUUUGCAGUUAAAAUAAUCGAUAAGAAGGCUCUAAAGGGUAAAGAAGAAUCUUUGGAGAACGAGAUACGAGUGCUGAGAAGGUUCAGUGCAAAUCAUUUCGAUGGCAACAGUCCGAAUGGAACGCGACUAACUCAUCCUAACAUUGUGCAACUUCUUGAAACGUACGAGGAUAAGGCAAAAGUGUAUCUGGUUAUGGAAUUAGUCACCGGUGGAGAAUUAUUUGAUCGGAUUGUGGAGAAGGGUUCGUAUACCGAAAAGGAUGCAUCCCACCUAAUAAGGCAAAUCUUAGAGGCUGUAGACUAUAUGCACGAACAGGGCGUUGUUCAUAGGGAUCUUAAGCCCGAAAAUCUAUUGUACUAUAGUCCAGACGAUGAUAGCAAAAUCAUGAUCAGCGAUUUUGGUCUAUCAAAAAUGGAAGAUUCCGGUAUAAUGGCAACUGCUUGUGGUACUCCCGGAUAUGUUGCACCAGAAGUGCUAGCCCAAAAGCCAUAUGGUAAGGCUGUUGAUGUCUGGAGUAUAGGCGUGAUAUCCUACAUACUUCUCUGUGGCUAUCCUCCAUUCUACGAUGAAAACGACGCCAAUUUAUUUGCACAAAUUCUUAAAGGUGAAUUUGAAUUCGAUUCGCCGUAUUGGGAUGAAAUUAGUGAAUCGGCCAAGCAUUUCAUAAGGAAUCUAAUGUGUGUUACUGUUGAAAAGCGCUACACAUGUAAGCAGGCAUUAAGUCAUCCGUGGAUAUCUGGUAAUGAGGCAAGCAGUAAGAACAUUCACGGAACUGUUUCGGAGCAGCUGAAGAAAAACUUUGCCAAGUCCCGAUGGAAGCAAGCAUAUUACGCCGCGACAGUGAUCCGACAAAUGCAGAGAAUGGCGCUGAGUAGUAACAGCAGUGCUAACGUUGUUGAUGGAACUGGAUCCGCUGUUAAUAUAUCUGCCAGUACUGCAACCGGUAAUGGUAACGAUCGAAGCUCUUCUAUUGAGACUACAGCGGAGACUACAGCAAUCGCUGCAUCCUCCGAUAUAGCAGCUAAUGUGACGCCAUUGAUCUCCAGCUCCAGCUCCCCAACGGUUUUGGAUGAAAUAGCGCAACAAUCGAGCCCGCAUAUCGACGUUACAAAUCACCAAAGAAUCUCGCCAAAUUGUAGUUUCCGUGGCCAAACGAACUAAGUUCGUCCAAUACAUGCACACACACACACACACACAGAUCAUAAAUAUUUCCUCGAAUUAUUGCUUUUCAAUUGUACGCUAUAAUACUUACUUGUAAUGCAAUAUAAAAUUUAAUUAAUCUCGGGUGUAUUAAUGCCACGUCCAUCGACCCUAGAUAGUUUAAAAGCAAAUUAAGCUGAAUUUUUACACUCUAUUUCCUUUCUAUUCGGUCCUAGUAGGGAUUUCAUAUUUUCUGGCUUCAUAAAUCUAUAUUUGUCUUAAGUUCUUACAUGUACUUAUGUUUGGCAAUAAGCUACAAAUGUAUCGUGCCAGGCAUCAUGAAACAUUGCUUUAAAACAAACUUUUCAUUGUAUUUAUUCAAAUAAAUUGUUUUGUUAGAAAAAA